GCAGAAAAGAUAUGCUUACAGCUAUUUAUUAUAAUUUUUAAACAAAAAGUGAAAAAAAAAAAUGGAUCGCGUGAAGAAAAAGGGUAAAGCAAAGGUGAACAAGCCUCUGGCAGAGCGAAGAAGACGUGCACGAAUUAAUGAUGCUCUUUUACAACUCAAAUCAAUAGUUCUACAAAGUAUUAGCAACGAGCAGUCAACACUGAUGUCAAAGUUAGAAAAAGCAGACAUUUUAGAAAUGACAGUGGAAUAUAUACACAAAAUGCAGCUUCUGCAAGGUCAUGACCUUGGCUCAAGUGAUCGUCAGUAUACUCCUGGAACCAACGCCAUUGUCUUGGAUGGCUCCCAGUAUACUACAGGGUUCAAUGAGUGCACAUCUCACGUAGUUGAUUGUAUCAGAACUAUACCUGACGACGAUAUUUCCAACGACAAUAUCAGAACAAGACUGCUGGAACACCUUACGAAUGUAGCAUCAACUGCAGACUUCCGCAACAAAGGAAAACAAAACACUAUAGACGCAGGUGAAAGAAAAGUUGACCCUAUUGAAAGUCAAGUGUCUAAUCGUGAAAGAGAUGUAAGUGUCCCGUACACAGUGUUGCAAGGUGAAAUAUCAAAUGCCGAGACAAGUGUAAAUGUCGCAACCACAAUGUUGCAGCAUGAAGUCUCAAAUGUUGGAUAUACAGUGUCUGAAAGUGAAGUAUCUAACGCUCAAAGAGAUAUAAACACUACAUAUCAAGUGUUGCAAAGUGGAGUCUUUAAUUUUGAAAAAGAUGUAAACGUUCCUUACAUAGGUCUAGCGUUGCAAAGUGAAUUAUCUAACGUUCAAACAGGUGUAAAUGUUGCAUGCACAAAAGUGCAAAAUGAAGGUUAUAAUUCCGUAUGUGAAAUGUCGCAAUGUGAACUCUCUAACACUCAAACAGAUGAAAAUACCGCACAAACAAUGCUGCAAAAUGAACUCUCUAACAUUCAAAGAGAUGUAAAUACAGCCUUUACAAUGUUGCAAAGUGAAGUCUCUAACACAAUGUCUCACAAUGAAGUAUAUAAUGCUGCCUAUACAAUGCCGCAAAAUGAAGUGUCUAACACCGCAUAUACAAUGUCGCAAAGUGAACUCUCUAACGUCGCAUAUUCAAUGUCGCAAAGUGAAGUGUCUGACACCGCAUAUACAAUGUCGCAAAGUGAACUCUCUAACGUCGCAUAUUCAAUGUCGCAAAGUAAAGUGUCUAACACCGCGUAUACAAUGCCGCAAAGUGAAAUAUCUAACGUCGCAUAUUCAAUGUCGCAAAGUGAAGUGUCUGACACCGCUUAUACAAUGUCGCAAAAUGAACUUUCUAACAGAGAUUAUACAAAGUCGCAAACUGUUGCAUUCAAUGUUGAAAGAGAUGUGAAUGGUGCUGAUGCAAUGUUGCAGUAUGAAGCAUCUGACGUUAAAAGAGAUGAGCACGCUGCAUAUGUGCUGUUUCAAGCUGCAGGAAAACCAGAUAUGAACGACAAACAAGCUGAAAUGGGAACAGAUGAAAUUAAAGUGGAUGAUUCAUUGUUAGCAUUAAAUGAUUCCAAGAUUAUAAAUAUUCCUAAGAAAAGGAAAGUACUCGGAAAUCAUACAAAUAUAGUUAACAACAAUCGGACUGAAAACACUAAAAGACUUACAAAAACGGCACUUUUUUGUGGUGUUAAACCACAAAUCAAAUCACCUAAGAAAUCUAAGAAGGGGUCAACUGGAAAAGAUUUUAAGGGGAUUCCUAAGCCAAUUAAGAAGAGGAUAACUGCUUCAGUUUAUGAACACGAAAAUAAAACUUGCAACAAUGAGACGGAAAAUGACAACUCAGAUCAAGUAUUAACUUUCACUAAUAACAAAACAGAAAGUACUGACAAAAAUCAAGCGCCAUGUGUACCAAAUGAUUAUAACUACAAAAUGAUGUAUUCAAAUCAACCUGAAGGUGCAUAUUUAAACAAUGUGAUUUAUGGUGAUAGUCAAUACAUUUUGGGAUCCAGCGAAUGUAACAGUCAUCCGGUGGAAAACUCCGGACUUGCUAUUCAAGAGAAUUACUACCACGUGUUACAACAGAACGAAAACGAACUACCGCGUAUGAAUACAAUGCAACAAUUUAUGGACGGUUAUCUGCCUCAGAAACAUACAAUGCAAACACAUUCUGAAAGCAAUAUUAUUGCAAAUAUGGCUGAAUCAAACAAGAACAUUUUCUACCAGCAUAUUUUUGCUAACAAUAGACCCGAAAACGUAUGGAGACCCUGGUAAAUGGCAAUAUAUACUAGUAUAUAUAAAUGGUUAAAAUUUCGUGACAGAUAUACAGUUUGCCAUAGCAUUUUUAUGAUAAAGCGUUUUUCUAUAAAUGAUAAGAAGUCAUAUAGUAAUGCCAGUGAACAUAGUAGUAUGUUUGUGCUCGUUUUUUUUCCCUAUCCUUUCUGAUUUUCUUUGUCGUCUUGAUUUUUCACCCGACACUUUUGCACUUUGGUGAUAUGUUGAAAAAAAAACAACAUUACAACAUGUCAAAGAGCAAAUGAUCAAAUCAAGCUUUUGAUCUCCUGCAGCAGUGCUCAUUUAAAAUGUCUGUGAUUGUUACAGAACCUGAUGUCCAGUCAGGAUGGAACACUUUAAAAAAACGACAUGUUUUCACAUAUAGCUAGCUAUUUGCUGUCAGCCUUUUUAUAUAUAAUAAUAGGUCUCGGACAAGUAAUAGGGCAGUUUUUAAAUACAGUAUCACACAGAGCUUUGUAUAUAUGUUGAUAAUAUUUCAGGGAGGGUCUAUGUGCAUUCAGUCAUACUUAUCUAACGGUAUUACAUGGCUUCGUUUUAUGUAAACGCUGUUUGCUGCAACGUUCAUAUCGCCAUGUUGUUGAUGUUGUUAUAGUUGUUG